GACGACCUAAAGAGACAACGCCCACUGUCUGCUUCCUCCUUGUCAUCAUCGUCUGCUUCUACAUCGCCACUUCCGGCGUCAGGCCAGUCCACAGAACCCGUGACGUCCAACGCAAGAUCAGUGACGUCAGUCGGACACAACAAUGACGCAAGAGACUCGCCUCGACUCCGCGAAGUAAUUGAUGAGACAGACGGCUCAGUUUUGUCUAUAGUGCCAAACAGAACGUCCAAGCUAGUCACCAUGGACGCAGCCCCAACGCAAACCACCAAAAAUGGCGAGGUUGACGACAGAAGUGGAGUCAACGAAGAAUCAUCCCUCGCUCUUGUGUCGCAUACGAAUAACAAAAACAGCAAAAUCAAUAACAAUAACGAAGAAGGCGGCAAGGAUGGGAAGUCGUCGACGUUUAUCGGCACGCGGUCUUUCAACAUUAACGAGGACGACGAUGGCGGGGUGACGAUGCAGGCUAUCGCCGAAGACGAGAAUCAGAACCAGGUGGUAACGGUGCGCACGAAAAAACAACGAACGCCCAGCAACGCCAAUGAAGAGCUGAGAAACACUAUUGUUGAACGCAACAAAGUGUCCCCCGGAGGAACUGUCCUCAAAGAAAGAGAUGUCAUCCAGACGAAAAAACGUCUGACAUCUCGCGGUUCCAACUAUUUCCAGAGAAGUGUUUACACCACGCGCACCAAACGGGACAAGGAAGGUGCGGAGCAAGUAGAGCAUGACGUCAUCGUCGAGUCGGAGAACAAAUCUGUGAGCCAGGGUCAGUCAUGGGGGGACAAGGUCGUUACUCACGUGACUCUUGGGGAUCCGAACUCGACGUCUGCUGUUCCCGCCAUCGAAGACGGGCAGACUUCUGAGGUCAAGGACGGCGAGGUGACAGUUGAAGGCGAAGCAGGUCCUGAGGCUGAAAGUGAAACUAGAACCGCCUGUGACUCGGAGAGCACUGUGGUGCCCAUGUUCCUCACCAAACUGACCAACCCAGUGGUCAACGACGGGGAGAGGCUGGUCUUGGAGUGUGACGUCAUCGGCUCACCGGAACCACACAUCAGCUGGCUCAAGGACGGGCUGGAGUUAGGGGAUGACCGAAGCUUUAGCUGUAGCUAUGACGGGCGGCUGGCGAGUCUACAACUGGACAGUGUGUGCCUGGAGGACGCGGGAGUCUACCAGUGUGUGGCGCGAAACACCGCAGGGAGGGUCUCCAUGGACGCUACAGUCACCGUGCAAGUCAAAAACAAGGCACCCUGCUUCAUCACAAAACUUGCUGACAUCACUGUCAGUGUGGGCAAGACUGUCAUUCUCAAGUGUGACGUCACCGGAACUCCCACACCCGCCAUAUUGUGGAGGCGAGACGGCUCGAUGGUGGGUGCGUCCCACAACUUCCUGUCCUCCUUCAACAAUGGCGGGGCUCGGCUGGAGAUCUUGGGGGCCGGGCUGAAAGAUGCGGGUCUUUACGAAUGUGUGGCGAAGAACUCUGUUGCAGAAGUCACAUGCUCGUGUCAGGUCAAGGUCACGGACCCCAAAGCCCAGUCAGACUCGAGCUCUGCCCCCCAGAACGAGACCGUGACGCUACCUCCCCGCACCACCGUGAGGAGAACCUUCAAGAAACUGUCGGAACCACGUCCAGCUGACGUCAUCUCCGCUGUGCUGCAACGCGCCUCAGCGGCGGGUGGGGGCCUUCAUAGGGCCCAAAGCUUUAGCCCCGCCUCUAACUCCGCCCUCAGCCUCGCCCCAACCAAUAGAGAGAAUGUUCAAACACAAUCAAAUGACAGAGAAUCGGCCAAAAAGCGGUACAGUGACAUCACUGCCCCGCAGACGCCAGAGGUCGUAUGUCAAACGAGGGAGAGUAUCACUCUGACCCCGAGGUCCAGCACUAUUUCCUCCUCUGAAAAUCUCUCAUCGGGUCGGGACGAGAAUCGAUCGGUAUCAGGAUCCGAUUCUAGCAGAUCCGAAGUUUCCAGCGGAUCUACCCACUUGUCUUUCCCUAGCAGACGCCCGACGAACCUGGAAAGGUCGGCUUCCCUUCACGUCCUAAGAAGCAGCAAUUCAAAUCUAUCGGCCAAGCCGGAACAAGAAGAAGGCUUUAAAGUCAUGUGGUCCCCGCCCGGAAGCGAGGAAUCGCGGUUCCGAGACUCACAUGCCAUCUCCGGUUCCUUGGAGGUCAUAUCCGAAUCCAAAAAAUCCGGUUCCGGAACAAUACCCGGAUUUCGCUCGGUCUCGCCAAUGUUCCUGACCUCACCGAGUCGUGAGGGUCGGGCCCAAUCGCCUUUGGUUCAUGAAGACAACCGGAUACAACGUGAUUUGGAUGACUCAGCGCCACUUGCCAAAAUAAAACAAGAGUCUUCAACGUCCGCCAAGUCAUCCCGCUCUGUAUCCUGCGAUAACUCCGUACCAUCCCCGUUAUCAGCCAGGCACACUACUACCUCAGCCACCUCACGUAAUGACAACGCCAUUCCCGCAUCUCCUUCUCCUCUAUCGUUGUCAUCGUCGUCGAUUUCGUCCUCGUCAAGUUCCCUCCAGUCCUCGUCUGCUCUACCUCAACCGUCUUCCGAUGACGUCACGCCGAGACAGGGCUCAAAGAAGUCACUCCAGUCACCUCGUGUCAGCGAGCUCCGCCUACAAUUCUUAAAGAACGACCAAUCAGCAGCGGAGGAUGGCCAGAAGAAGCCAAUCGGUGGGGCCGGGGGCGUGAGGAGAUGGCAUUCGCUUCCCCCUCAGGAGAACAAGCCUAAGGUUAUCAAG